UUUACCAACCGCACCACACGUGUUGUUAUCACUUUUAUUAACUUAUAAUAACUUUAUGUAAAGUUUCGUUUAUAAUUUAGAAACAUAAUGAAAGUCCUAUCAGAAGAAAGAACGAGAAUAUUAUUCGAAAAAUUAACAAAAUAUAUUGGUGUCAAUGUGAAGCUUUUAAUAGACCGGCCUGAUGGCACAUAUUGUUUUAGAGAGAAGAAAGACCGUAUUUAUUACAUAUCGGAGCGUUUAUUACAACUGGCACAAACCGUAAAACCAGAUCAUUUGAUAUCAGCGGGAACAUGUUUUGGGAAAUUCACAAAAACAAAUAAAUUCAGGUUACACAUAACUGCGUUGAAUUAUAUAGCUCCGUAUGCAUCAUACAAGAUUUGGGUGAAACCAUCUGCAGAGCAACAGUUUCUAUAUGGUCAUCAUGUAAUAAAAAGUGGUUUGGGAAGGAUUACCGAAAAUACUCCAAAACACCAGGGUGUUGUUAUUUACACUAUGUCAGAUGUACCUAUUGGAUUUGGAGUUGCAGCUCGGAAUACCACAGAUUGUAGACAUGCAGACCCAUUAGCGACUAUUGCUUUCCACCAAGCAGACAUUGGAGAAUAUAUACGCUCAGAAGAUACCCUCACAUAAUACACACUAUUUUAAAUAUUU